UCAUCUUCCUCCUACCAUCGUGCAUCUCUACUCUCUCUCGGCUCUGCAAAUCAGUUUAUUUUUCUUUUUAUUCUCUUCUCAUCUCAGUUCUCACCCACCGCCGUGUCUGCUGGUUUUUUCCGGAUCUGACGCGUGUACCGUGUUGGAUCGCGUCGACACGGGUACGGCACCCCAAAUUGCCGAGUCCGGGUAACGAAGGCGAAGACAGAGUAAGCAGAGAAGACGAUUUUGUGUGGGUUCGAUAGCAUUAGGUAACAUCGAACAAGCGUUGAGAGAUGGCGUUGAGGCGUGCGCUUGGCUGGUCGGAUGGUGAAUUGAUGAGAUCAGAUGCAAAGCCUUGUUCCAGGUUAAUGAGACAAACGGCUGGGAUUUUUACGGUCGGAGGAGCUCUAGGGUUUUGGGUUCUCUGUAGAUUGCAUUACGGCCCUAGAAUUACUGUUCCAAGAAGUCUUCGGUGGGCUGCCUGUGGAGCUGUGUCUGUCAGCUCGGCAUCUGCUUUGUUGGUUCGCCUAUUCAGCCCUGAAUGUGAAUCCCAAAAUAUAGCUGCUUAUGACAAAAGGAAAGAGUAGCAAUAAGGGUGUCUAAAUUCAUUGAAUGACCAGUGUGUAACAGUAUCUUUCGUUUUGUUGUAUUGUUCUGGGAUCUUUGCCACCCCUAUGUUUAUCAAUUUUCUAGUACAUGAAUCAUAAGCAUUGUAAGGGUUGCUGUUUA